AUGGAUUCUCUGAAGCAAAACAAAUGGAUGGCUUGGACGAAUAAAACUGUGCUUUACGUAGGGGGUUACCUAGAUACACCAGGAGGUUAUUAUGCCUCUGAAAUUGAGAAUAGUUAUGCAAAACUAGGUUAUAAUGUAUGGUUACUCGAUACAUUCCGUCUCACAUUAGGACAAAAUGGUAUAUUAAACAUGGUUAGAAACUACAAUAAGAAGACAAAAAGAGGAGAGUGGUCACAACAGUCCAUGAAAGCAGCUGUGGACAGUUUUGAGCAAAGAAUCAGAAUACAGAUAGGCAGCUUUAGAAUAUGGUGUUCCUCAAACAACUUUGAAAUUCAUUCUCCCAUCCGAUCUGUCUGCCGUGAUUUAACUUCUUGUUUCGAAAAUGCUUCACCUAAAGAUAUAUUGCCGAUUCCUACAGUCCAAAUAAACGAAAAAAGGAAAAACUAUCGAAGAGGUAAAACAGCGGUAAUAACCUCAACUCCAUAUAAAAAGGAACUUCAAGCUUUAAAGUUGUCAAAGAACGUUCGGGCCAAAAGAAGUAAAUCUUCAAAGGAAGUUCCGGCUAAAAAUAGUAAAUCGUCCAAGAACGUUACUGCCAAAAAUAGUAAAGUAGAGAGGAAGACCAGACCAUCGACUUCAAGACAAGAAGAUAGUGUUUGUUUUUAUUGUAACGAUUUACACCACACAUACCUGAAAUCUACCGAAAAUUGGGUAAAAUGCCAACUCUGUGGGCGAUGGGCUCAUACUGCAUGUGCUGGGGUGGAUGAUGAAGACCUAGAAGAAGUACUCAUAUACAUGUUCUGA